ACAAAGAUGAAUAAGAAAAUUGCAUGCUUAACUUUAGCAUUAAUCUACUUUCUUGUUUUUGUACAAGAAUCAAUUGCGGGAAUUAUUCCUCAAAGCAAUGCUAACCCUUUGCUGAAACGUGGUCAUAAAAAAAUGUGCGACGAUGUCGUUGUCGCAAAGGCAAUAUUCAAUGACAAAAUAAGAGGUGUAAUAACCCUCUCCGAAAAAAAUGAUGAUAGCGCCUUUAUCAUUGGUCUUUUCUCAAAAGGUUUUGAUGAUCCAACGAAAAAUUGGUAUAAUAUUCUUCUCAAAGAUUGUAGUAGCAAGGUUGCCUUUAAUUUGACAAAAUAUAUUGAAUUUGAAGAUGGCGGUACUCAACCAUUCUUUAUAGCGGCUGAUUUCAAUCUUCAUGAAUUUUUGGGCGAAGAUGAAGAUGGCAAGGUAAAAUGUCAAACUGGUCCGACUGUUACUGUUACUAGUAAUGAUCAAACUAAGGCCAGC